AUGGCAGACAUCCCAAUCGUGUAUACCCUCACGGUGUGUCCCGCAUGCGAUUCGUUGCGCGCUGCCUGGCGGCGCGAAGGCGUCGAAUACGACGAACGCCGGGUCGACCAGAGCCAGGACACGUUGGACGAGGCUCUGGAUUUUGGAGAUGCCGUUCCCAUCAUCGUGUGGCCCGAUGGCAAAGUGGAGAUGGGUUUCCGCGGCCAACGCGGUUGA